CGGCUACAGGGUCUUGUUCGUAUAAGACGCAGUGUAUUCGAAGGUGUCGAUUUGAGAUGCAUCUAUCCAGCCAGUGAUGUCGGCAGAGUGCAGGAUUUCUUCCGAGAUAGAAUUCCUCGUUUCCUCGAACUUCAAUAUGGGAUUGAGUUUCACCUGGAUCGCCACCGUUGAGUCGAACCUCUAGGAGGGCUACCACUUCCCCCGACAUUCUUCCACACUCCCCACUCUUCAACCCCUAACCAACAGCUUUGACUUUGCUCGGGUGGGAGAGGAGGUUCCGGGUUGAGGCUGGCGACUGAUGUCGUCGGCUGGAGUUAUCCACAUUGAGACUAGCGCACAGACUAAGCGAAACUCCGCACAUAGGCCUUUGUCUGCUCACCCUUCACCUUCUCUUCUACAACCAACGACACUCAUCUCGAAAGCGACUCAGCCAGCCGACAAGAUGAGAGCCAAAUGGAGGAAGAAGCGAGUUCGUCGUCUCAAGCGUAAGAGGAGAAAGACUAGGGCCCGCUCCAAGUAAUCCACUCGAUCCUCAAUCUCAGCUCCCACGACCAUAACUCACCAAACAAUCAACACACAACGCAUAACCAACCACAAAAAUAUUUCCAACUAACGGCUAUUGGCAACUCUACUUUCUACUGCCAAUGUCAAUCCGGUUAUCGGUCUUCCUCACGCGAUAGAUCAUAUGAACUACCACAAGGCCGGUAUGGAUGGGAAAAUUACUGGAUGAAAUUGAGUGGGGGGAAAUCAUGGGAAGCUGGUCAAUGCUUCAUUGAGGACAUUUCGGGAG